AUUAAACAAUUUAACUAUCUGAUCAUCACUUAACCUUUCGAUCACCCACAAAAAAUCAAUCACUAUAAAGGACGUUGCUUUUUAUGCCCGCGUUCAGUACCCGAUCAGCAUCCAACAUUAGUAACCGUCGUACUGUGACAGGGUUCCAAAAUGCUCGCUAUUAGUUUACUUUUAGUACUUUGUGUGUUUAAUGUAAAAGCUGCUGUGCAGAAUGUGACUUGUCCAAAAGUGAGCACUAGAGAGUUGGAUCUGAAAGAACUAGACGGAAAAUGGUACUUAGCUGGCGCGGCAACCGACUUACCUUUAGAAGGGGACUGUGCCAUGGUGGUGUUCAACCACAAAAGCGACAACACCACAGAUGUCUCCAUCAGCUGGAUCAACAAUAACACCAUCAGCUUCUAUAAUGGAUCUGUGGCGUUGAUGAUGGACCCGAGUAGCAGCACUGCUGGAGAUGUUCUACAGAUAACUUAUACGGAUAAGCAAAGUCAGCUGUACUACUUCCUGGAUGUGAACUAUGAUCACUAUGCCGUCGUGUUUUCGUGCUUGGACAAUAAUGAUGGCAGCAACAGCAGCACAUAUGAACUCUGGAAGCUCAGCAGAAGCCCGCACCUCAAAGAUCAGGACGCCGACAAAAUCGGCAAAGCCAUAACAGCUUACAACCUUCAAGACACCCAGUUCGUCAACUUCAACGCCACUGAAGAUACUUGCAGCAGUGGCAUUGAUAUGCACCCUUCUAUAGUUAUUACGUCGGCUGCCACGCUCGCAUUGUUUAGAAGAUUUUAUUGAGUUUAUUUUUAAUUAAACCUUAACGUUCUUUGGUUGGGAAGGAUUUACUAAUGUACCGAGUUCUACACAGUCUAGCAUGAGUUGCGUUCAUACCCGCUAGUGCAUACUUGACAAAACUCGGAUAAAAAUGACAAAUGUAUAGAUUUGCGCGCGAGAACUCAGUGCUAGGUAUACAGGGUGAAAACCUACGGAAUACGGGCGAACCUCUUAAGUGCGUUUUCACAUUAUCCGAUCCGAUAUCGGAUGUCGGAAGGAUUUUAAUGGAAAAAAUCCAAGAUGGCGCCUGUG